AUUGGUCUAAAUGUAGACAGUUCAGGUAUAGCAGUUCAGUUCGCAACAGCUGUAGGUGUGUAUGGGGCGUGUACUUGUGUGUGUGUGUGUGUGUGUGUGUGUGUGUGUUUGCGCCUCCCUGAUGUCUAGCUGACCGACGCUUCUUAGAGAAGGCUGCAGUAAAGCUCAGACUUGCCUGGUCCGUGGAGUUUCACUGAAGAAAAUCUUUUCUACACGCAGAAUGGUGACUUUUUAUUUUCAGAAAGGACCAUAGACUUUUUUUUCCCAAGGGGUUUUAUUUGUCUUUACGCAAAACCUGCUGUUGUAAGACGGCUGUUCCUGUAGUUGACUAAACCCCAGAGCUGGGCUGAUCUGAACUUUUUGUAUUGUUAUUGGGGUUUUUUUUUAAUGAUUCAUUGACUGAGUGGCUGUCGGGAAUCAAGAACUCAUCUGGACUGAAAUCACUCCGCGCUGAAUUUUGUAAAUGAGGAGUGGGUAACGUUUCUUCUCUGCGCCGGCCAUCUCACAUGGAACACAAGAUGAAUGUGGAUUAUGUCCUUUCUACACAGUACGACAAAAUUCGGAGGAAAACUCGACACGAUAGCGCAACCCAGAGGGACCUCCUGGGCUACUAAGACGUGACUCCAGGCUUGGCGCAGUCUCCUGGACCCAAAAUCUCAGACAGACCAGUGUGUGAACAUCAACAGAGACUAUGGCUGACCAAAAUCUGUGCAUUGAUGACCCAGCAAAGAGCAAAUACUCUGAGUACUACAGCAAAGGUCUCAUCACAUUGCACUAUAGCUGUGCCAAAAACUUGAGCUUGAAUGACGUGAAGACCCGUAAUGGCAGAGAUUGGUACAGCCCACUCAACAUCAUCUUCAUCAUCAUCUGCACCAUCAUAAUUCUGGAGAACCUCCUGGUACUCAUUGCUGUUUGCCGAAAUAAAAAGUUCCACUCAGCUAUGUUCUUCUUCAUUGGGAAUCUAGCAUUUUCGGAUCUGCUGGCUGGCUCGGCUUACAUCGCCAAUAUAUUUCUAUCAGGCAAAAGGACUUUGGAGCUAAUGCCCGUGCAGUGGUUCAUAAGAGAAGGGACUGUUUUUAUUGCAUUGGCUGCAUCAGUGUUCAGUCUGCUUGCCAUUGCUAUAGAGCGCUACAUUGCCAUAACUAAAGUCAAAGUUUACGGCUCCAAUAAGACCUGCCGCAUGUUCCUGCUUAUCGGAGCGUGCUGGGUCACUUCGCUCCUUCUUGGAGGACUUCCCAUUUUAGGCUGGAACUGCAUCAACGAUCUGAAGGAGUGUUCAGCCAUCCUGCCUCUCAAUUCUAAGCGCUACAUCUGCUUUGUGGUAACCAUCUUCAGCGUCAUCCUGCUCUCCAUUGUCAUCUUGUAUGUCCGUAUCUACCUGAUUGUCCGUUCUAGCCACAAGGAAACCACUAACAUGGCUUCCUACGCUCUGCUCAAGACCGUCACCAUUGUCCUGGGCGUGUUUAUUGUGUGCUGGCUGCCUGCCUUCAGCAUCCUGCUGCUUGAUAUCCACUGCAGUAUGUUCCGCUGUCCCAUCCUCGGCCACGCCGACAUCUUCUUUGGGAUCGCCACCUUGAACUCGGCACUGAACCCGCUCAUCUAUACACUGCGCAGUAAAGACAUGCGGCGGGAGUUCCUGCGCGUGCUGUGCUGCUGGGGGCUCCUCCAUAGCGGCCGGCCGGCGGAACGCUGCUUGAUGCAACUCAAGAGCUCAAGCUCGAUGGACCACUGCACCAGCAAACAUGAACAUCAGACCACUCCUAUCAUGCAGGACUGUACUACUUGUGUUUGAGCUUGGGGAACGCACCCAGGCUACAUCAAUAAAGGUCUUUGAGUGGGUUUAGGUCUGGAAGGAAGUCGAGGUAUUUGUGUUCGUGGAUGAUGCAUGCAAAUAAAGGACACCUGAAGAUUCGUUCUGCCAUAGAUGCAUUACAUGAUCAAAAGUGGUGAUUGAGGUUUUGCAUCUGACUUUUUUACAAAGUGAUCAGACCUGUGUGAAUUUUUUUUUAAUCACUUUCUAUGGACUCUUAUGAGCUAAAAGCAAGUAUUGCAAUUGUGGUAUGGACACAGUUAUGUAUUGUUAUUAUUUUUUUGUUGUUGUCAAAGACCUGCGACCUCCACUGAAUGAUUUUUACUUGUUUUGAUACCGUUCAUACUCACCAUGUCAUAUUUAGUCAUAUGGCAGUGACCAUAAAAGUGACCAAAUCUUUUUUUUUAAUUAUUAUUAUUAUUUUUUAUUUGUUAAAUCAACGUCUAAGAUCAUGCACUUUCAAGCAUAUCUGUGAUUGUAUGUAUUUGUGACUUACUUGUGAGUUAGUGAAUCUAACAAAGACAACGUUGCAUGAACAUGAAUAGAUGAGUCUUGGAGUGACUCAGCAGACUUGAUUCAUAAAGAAAAGGGAGGUACUGAAUGAAUAGUUACACUCCGCAGUGCACUCCUUAUGAGCCAUGGGUACAAAACCAUGUUAUGUUAUUCCAUUAUAUUCCCUUUAAUUAACUACAAUAAAAACAAAAGUACUACACUUCAUUAUAUUGCAUGGCAUAACCUGUGUACAAACUAAUCUAUGGCGUAUUCAUGUACAAUUUCAUCAUUAACCCUUUCCUCUCAGUCUCUCUGGCCUUUGCUUGUGUUCGUGUGUGCAUGUGUGUGCGUAUGUGUGGACUAAGUGUUUCCUUUAAGGAAGACACAAACAGAAAGUACAUUUCCUUAAGCGAAAUGGCAUGGACAUGUUUCACCCGGCCUGCAGUAAUCCCCCUGGACUUGUCUUGACAACGUUGUAGCGUCGCUGCAGCAGCAUGUCCUUUCUGUUUUUGUGCUCUCCUGAAACUGAAUGUAUGCAUGUGAAGUGUUUGGAGCGAAAUGCUUCUUUUUGUGACAGUAUUACCGAACACUGAGUGUUUUCGUCUUGUUGAGUAUUGAGCUGUCGGAGACAAUAAAAAGGGAUAGGGUCACUGUGAAGGCUUGAAAAUGAUCACCACAUUUAAACUCGCUGAUAACACAUAGUAGGUUUCAGAGACGGAAAUUCUUAACGCUGGGAUUAAAUAAACAGGUCACCUCUUUUUUUUUUUUUUUGGUCGUUUUGUGUCAGGGCCUCUAAACGCACACACUUCAGGCAAAUGAGGGGGAGGAGGCUGCACUCUUAUGUCAAAGGUCAGAGGCUAAUUACUCUGCCUAAAACCACACUUCCUGCAAUGACAGGAAGUUCAGUGUUUCCUAAGGUACUUCCUGUUGUUCAGAAGUGACCUCAUCUUACAUACCACUCCAGCAAACAAACACAAAGAUUUGAUCCUAAACUGUCUUGCUGUCUUUUCCUCUCUUCAUCAUCAGAGAAAGCACUUUGGCAGCUCUUCUAAAGUUCUUUUUUGUUAUAUAAAUUUCCACUCUGUAAAAUCCUGCCUGUGCAAAAGAAAAAAAAAAGUUUUGUAUUAUGCAUUUAUGACAAUGUGUGUAUUGUAUUUAUGUUUAAUAUGUGUAAAUGUCUGAAACGUCUUGUGUGCAAUAGCAUUGUGUGUCUAGUAGCAAGCUACCUGUGUGAAAUCGGUACAAAUUUUAAAACACUAAUAUUGGUACAUAAACAUUUUUUUCAUUACUUUUAUAUAAAAUAAAUUAGAUACAAAAUGCAAA